UACUUAAGUAGCCUCCUGCUAACGCGACAAAACCACUGUCAAAUUCCCGAUAAAAUAUUGUGCAUGCAGUAUCCAAAACAUCAACGACGCACAUCCAUUCAUUUAAAUAUAGAGCAGACGCAAACCGUUGGAUGCUGUAAUGAAAUUAAGCGGAUCCAACACCACGUGCAUAUUUGCUCGGAGCUGGGCUUAAUAUCCGCCACAAAACUAACAAGACGCCAAAAGCGGUGUUCACCGUCUUUGUUGAUAUUUCAACUAUUUUAUCCUCAGUCAACUGACAACCGCGCCAAGGGUUUCAUCAACCAAGGGUUUUUGGCGGAAUAACCAGAAUAUUGAGGAUCUUUUUUUGUUUUUCGGCUAAAUUUACAGGAGAAGACGCCCACAACAAGUUCAUAUACCAUAGAGCAAGCAAUCCACUUCCAGAAUAAUAGAGGCACUUUUGUGGAUUCAGGGUAUAUAAGGGUUACUUUUGAACGGUCACAUGAGCUUGAAUGUUACCAGUUGGGCCUAUGGUUGUCAUACUGGCUAUAAAAAUAGUUGUGGUCAAGCUUUAAGGAUGCAAAAAGGGAAUGGAUGAUUUUGCAGCCGUGCCUGAAACAUUGGCUCUGUUAUUAGAUCAUAAGAUUGUUUUUGGACUCAUGUUGUGAGAGGAUGACAGGAAUAAUUACCAGGUCUCAUAGGGUAAAUCAUGCUAAGUGGAAACAUCUGCCCAAAGAAAGGUCAUGCUGCAAUGUUGUUAGGCAUUUAAUUUCUGCAACAAAUUUGCAUAAAAAAUCUGCCAAGUCCUGCACAGGGGGUGUAUACAAUGAAAAAGAAACAAAAUUCUUGGGAAGUAAGAAAAAGGGAUUCCAUCAAGAACUAGACAAAAAGAAAGUGCCAAAGGCAAAACAUGUGCAAACUUCUGUCAGUUUAGAGAACGAAGAUUCAAGAGAGAGGCCAGCUGUAUCUGUCUACAGUAGAAUCACCAGAGCUAAAAGCAAGUUUAUAUCAGGAACUGAAAUGGCUAACAAUGACAUUGGGGGUGAUGUUGCAUGCAAAGAUGCAGAAAAUACCUUAGAGCGAAAAAAGAGUAACAUGGGGUUGAAGGUGCAUAAAAUGCGUACAGGAGAAAACAUUCCUCAGGCUGAUGCUGAGUUUGUUGAGCAAACACAAGAUAGAAUGAUAGAAGGGCGAAUGACCAGGUCAAAAAAAAACAUGCUUCUUCUAAUCCAGGCUGAUAAAGAAAUUGAAGGAGCUGGGGACCUGAAUCACCACACAAAUGAAGAAAUUUGCAUUGGCAAAUAUGACAAGAACCCGGUUUUAACAUAUGAUCAUACACUGCAAAGAAAGAGGAAGAGGAUGUCUGCAAUGAUGUAUGGUGAAGAACUUGAGUAUUCAUAUUGCUUCACAGGAAAGGAUCUUGCUUCUGAGCCCCAAACAAAGAAAGACUUACCAGUUCGUGUAACUACACGAAGUGCUAUACAUAAGCAAAAUGCUUCCACUACUAUAAAUAAUCAGAUAAUCAGGAAAGACAAAGAAUUAAAUGGUGAACUUAAAGGUGAAUGUAAAGAGGCCGAAGUUGCACAACAAGACCAGCUAGAGUUUGCAGCUCGUCUGGAGUCACAAGAAAAAUCUAAGUCAUUCAAAUGGAAGGACCUUAAGGAAAAUGUGAGCAGUCCUGAAGCAUUAAGAAAACCCAGUGAGCAAAAAGAUGAAAUCCUCUUAGGUACCAAGGAUUCACAUUUGAGUAGAAACUUAAGAAAUACAAGAAGCACUGUUGGUAAGGAGAUAGUAAAUCCUGUUCAGAUCAGUGAUCUUUCUCCACAAAAAAAUCAUGGAGAAAAGGUUGUGGUGCAUGCUACGGAAGGUUCAAGAAGAGGCAAGGCGAUUGCUAUGGCAUCCAUUCCAAAAAGAAUGACAAGAAGCAUGCAGAAGGAUUUAUUGGACUUGGAGCUGGUACAGAUAAAUGAGAAGCGUUUAAUUACCUGCAAGCGAAAGCGUUUAGAAGGAGGUCAUUCCCCAAUACCAAGAAAAAGUAUCAGGAUAAAAAAGCAACCAAUUUCUUUCACUAUGGAAUGCACAGAAGAAACACAGUCAGUGGAUGAACAAUGUAUAAAAAGUGAUAACAGCUUGAAAAUGAAAUCAGAGGAACCUGACUUGAAUGGUUGUGGAAAAUUAGAGGACAAAGAUCAAUGCAAUAACUCAAAUCCUGCUUCAGGGAAGUUAAAUCUUUCUAAAUCUGUUAAGGGAAUUGUAGAUUUGAAAGGGAAGAGACCUCUUUACAUGAUAUCUAAUAGGAGAGAAAAACCAAAGUUUGAUGUGCGAAGAAAAGAAUACUUGACAAGGUCUAAAGACAAGGAAGAGCAUUCAUCAUUGAAAGUGGAAGGAUUGAUCUCACCUUGCUAUAAGAAUGCGUUACAUUCCAGUAUUGAAAGACCUGGAGAUGACAAUGUUUCAUCUCCAACUGAUGAGCCAACUGUUAUGCCACCCACUGAAUCAGAUACAUUGGAAACUUCUGUCAGACAGUUUCCUAUGGAUACUGAUAUUGAGGUCCAUCUAUGUCUAAAAAGUGAAGGAGAGGCAAAGUCAUUUCUGCAGGAUACUUCGCAUUUGGAACAGCCUGUGAAAACUCUUGUUGGCAAUCAGCCACCGUAUCUGUGUUAUGAGCAAACUUAUAAUGAUAGUAUUCCUGAGAUACCAGGAUAUCAAAAUGUCUUUUGUAAUGGUUCUAGGAAGUUAAAUCUUUAUGAAACUAUCAAGGGAAGGGAAGAUUUGGCAGGGAAUGAACAUCUCUACAGGAAAGCUAAAAGGAAAGAAAAAAAAAAGUAUGACAUAAGAAGAAAAGAAUACUUGACAAGGUCUAAGCAUGUUGAGAGGAAUAUUCAAGAAGAUGAGGACAAGCACUCAUCGUUCAAAGCAGAACCGUCAACCACACCUUGUGACACCAAUGAGCUGAAUUCCAACACCAAAGACCCCAGAGAAGUUGAUGUUCCAAUUACAACCAAUGAGCUGGUUGUUCUACCACCUGUUGAGUCAGCAAAGGUGGAUACAUCAGUUGGGAAGUAUUCUAUGGAUAAGGAUAGUGCAGAUCAUUUAAAACUGAAAUGGGAAGGACAGACAAAGCCAUCUCAACAGAAUACUCCUGGUUUGAAACUUCUGGAAAAAUAUUAUGUUGACAAUCAGCAAAUUUGUAAUAAGACUAUUCCUGAGACAAUGGGAUGCUCUAAUGCAGUAGGUGAAUUUCAGUUGGGAACACCAUUGGUUGUUAGCAACAUAGAUCAAGUAGAUGCAAAAUCUGGAGACCUUGCAGGUUCCAGUGAUGGUCCUCUAAAAGUCACUGCAUGCCACGUAGAAUCUUCUCAUUGUUUUGAUGGAAACUCUUGCCCUGUGCUAAAAAAGGAAACAUGUGAAAUCACAUUCAUAUCUGGGAUAAAUUUUGACCCUGUUAGGAAGUCUGAUGAGAGUGGCGUAGAUGAACAUGAUUGUGUCCCACAUGAUGAGUUUGGUGAUGUCAAAAAGAAAUGCUUUAAGAUAGUAAAUAAUCCAAAUGACUUGGGUGGGAGGCAGAUGCGACCACGUCCUUUAGAUCCGUUGCAACCACUUCCUGUUUUUAUUGAAGGCCGUGACCAGGAGUUUCAUGACUUAAAUUCAGCUCCCUUUCAGUGGCAUUCUAGACAUCACGGAGAGGAAAAGUUCAGUAUUGUGGCGUCAAGCAGGUCUGAGCACACAUCCUCGUCUCUCAAAUUGAAGAAACAGGAGAUUAAAAUACCAUCCUAUAGAAAUGUUGCUGGUUACCAUGAAGUACGGAGAAGCCUGAAUGGAGGAAAAUCAGUCUGCACCAUUCCAGGACCAUAUAUAAGGCAUUUUGUGUCAGAUAAGAAUCAGAUUACUGGAUCAGAGUAUGAUCUUGAAGAGGAUGAUGAAGAAUGGCUAAGGAGUUUCAAUGAGGGUAAUGCUGAAAGAAAAAUCUCAUUUCAACUGACUGAAGAUAAGUUUGAGGAGUUGAUGGAAUAUUUUGAAAAGGAAUCUGCCAAAGUUUCAGCACAUUGGGGUGUUAAUGAUCCUGUGGUGGAUUCUUUGAGACAUUCCACAGAUAAACGUAACCCAAUUAGUGAUGCUGGAAAGGAAGAGUUAGUACAUCUCGGGGGAAAAGAUAGUUCCACGCUUUCCAAUGUGUCUCAAACAUCAGAUUGCUGUAUAUGCAAUGGUGGUGAAGAUUCAAUUUCAAAUUCCCAGGUUAACAGAUGUAAGAGCUGUGGAAUUUAUGUUCAUCAUUCCUGUUAUGGGGUUAAUGGUCAGCAGAAUACUGGUCAAGCAGACAGGCUAAAAAUAUCUGAUUGGCUUUGCAGAAAAUGUGAAGUUUUGGGUGGUGCAAAUGUUCAUAUAUGCUGUGCAAUUUGUGGUAAAAAUGGUGGUGCACUCAAACCAACAACAAAUCCAGGAAAGUGGGCUCAUGUGGUCUGUGCAUUGUAUACAAAUGAAACAUUUUUUCUGGAUAGUGAUUCCAUGGAGCCAAUUGAUGGUGUUUCCACUGUGGAAGUACGUUCAAGGAGACAAAAGCGUUUAUGCUAUUUAUGUGGUGCAAGGGUUGGUUCAUGUGAACGUUGUUCAGUAUAUGGUUGUGGAGCUGUGUUUCACAUUUCAUGUGGUGUCAACCAGGGAGCCUACUUUGAGAUGCAGCAUAAUAAUCAAGAAGUAGUUAAUGUGCGCUCCUUUUGUCCUGGACAUGCAAAUGAUGCUCACCGUGGAUUUGUUGAAGAAGGAUCAAAUGUUAAGGACACAUGUGAAACUCCAAUCAAAGAUGAUGCCUCUGUUCCAAAAAAGCAAAGACGGAGAAUGCUAAGACAUAGGAUUAAGUCAGCAGUUAGAUUGAACAGGUGCAAAACUGUCAGUAGAAACAAGAUGCUGUUUGUAGAUGAUAGCUUACACACUGACAAAAGUUCCAUUAGCAGUUUUCUAAAUCUAACAGGUACGAGUGAGCAGCAACAAGUUCCAAGGUUAUCUGACAAAAUGCAAAAUAAGGAUGCCAAUAUAGGCCCCACUGAAGGGAGUGUUUUGAGUAAAUUGAAUACAAAUGGCAUUGAGAGAAAUAAAUUUAUUGAACUCAAAGAGGUCUUGAAAGCAAACGUUGCACCAGCUUCUCAUGUGCGUGGGGUGUAUUCAUACUGGCUCCGUAAGCGUGUUCAGAAGAAAGGACCCCUUUUACAGAGACUUCAACAGGAAGAAACAGCGAAAAUCCAUGGCAUCUUCAAUCAAGAUUCUGCUGGUAUCAGGGAAUACUUUGGUUUGAAAGAAGACUUAUUGGAUAAGCUAGUUGGAUGUAGUUCUACAGAUUUCAAAAUGGUACUAAAAAAAUUGAGAGGGCUUCAAAGAGGCCUGAAAUCAGUUCGUUCAAUGGCAAAAGUUGUUAUUGAACGAGAGAAACUGAAAGCUCAUUUAGUUUCGGACUUUCCAUUGCUUGCUCAAACGAAGCUUUUUGCUUUGCAGAGGGAGUUAGGAUUUAUGUCUUGUUUCCUGUGCAAGUCAUCUGAGAGCUUAUUGCUCUGUGCACAAUGCAAAAGAAUAUUUUGUUUUCAAUGCUAUAAACAUUGGAAGGUUCAGGGUGUGAAAAGUUUCAGAAUUUUAAGUUGCAAAAAGUGCUUUUGUAUGGAUUGUGAAGCUGUAUAUAAAGCUGAUUCUGUAAAUAGUCCAUCAGAAAAAUUCUCCAUGAAGUCACCACAAACAGAUGUUAGUCAAAGAAUCACUGAAGUUCCAAAGUCUUCAGAUUACUCAUCAGAUGCUACUGUCAAGCGAACUAUGGGAUGUGAAGUGGAGGAUGCACCAAAGUCUAUCACAAAUGGAGUGUGCUCUGUAUCUAAAACUGAAGUUGCUGAGGACACAGAUUCAAAGGCUGAUGCAUCAGUUAAUCCAAACAAGCAAGUGUUUGACAAUACUUGUAAUUUUUGUCCAUUGACAGCAGAUGCUGCUUCUUUUAAAGUGAUAGAUGGUCAUCCGAUGGAUGCUAAAGGGAGGCAACAAAGCCCUUGUAAGACUGUAUUGCUUUCUGACUUUACUGAUGCUGUAAACCUAAAUAAUAGUUCAUUAGGCAAGAGUCCAUCAAAUUAUUGUGACAAAAAUGUUCAGAAGACCUGUUCCAAGAGAAGAAAACCUGACACUUGAGUCCAUAUAAUUUCUUGAUUAUGAUGAGAGGAUUACUUCUAUUUCAGCUAGAGACAGAACUAUGAGAUAUUUCUGUUAAAUGAUCUGUUCUGGCAAGGAAAUUCAUUGUACUGUAUGUUUUCGCAGCCUUUACUUUUCUAGAAUUAGUUGAUUUCCUCUACUAGUCUUUUUCAUGCCUAGUUGGACUGUGGAGGAUUGUAAUAUUAGAUCAGUUUUAUUCAAGUUGCAGGGAUGGUUUCUUUUUUGCCAACCCUCAAAUUGAGAGAAGAAUAAUGAUUAAGCCACCAAAGAGAAUCAAAACGAUGUUCAGAAUCCAUUAUUGAUGACAAUCCUUUUGAUAGGGCCAGACAUGUAGCAUAGUCAAAAUUAUUUGAUUUCUUUGAGCACUGGAGUAUUCCUGACAUUUUUCCGA